AUGCUAUGCGUGGGGCCAAUUGAAUCUCAGUAUCGGCAUCUGUUCUACAUGUCACAUCCCUCGGACGCGCAGUACCGGACCGAUAUCCCGGCGUACUACAUCACGGCCGUCGACAAGGAGACGCUAGGGAAUAUCCACCUCGGAACAAGCAAAUCACGCUUGCGAAAGAUGGAGUUCGAAGCAUUGCUUAGUUCGAAGCAGACUGCAUCGGAUCGUCCACUCUUUGACGAGGCUGGGAAAGCCUCGACACUAUUCACUGCGCGACCGGCGAAAUUGAUGGGUAGUCGGUAUAACUGGAUCCAGGAGGAUGGGUCUCAGGUCGCGGUGGAGGAAGGGAAGGACGAUGAGGAUAAAAUGGUUAUUGCAGCUCCAAUGACGGAGGAGAUGCGAGAUGCGCUGGUCGCAGUGUGGAUGCUGAAGUUAUGGUAUGAGACGGCCGAAACUAGACAGGCCAAGCGAGAAGGUCAGUUCCCUGUCGGGCCUGGGUUGAACGUGGCUAACUCCGUCUCAGAGCUAGAACGAAUGAUGCCGCCUGUUUCUUCCUAUCAGGACUGGAACUACGCGAAGAAAGUUGGGACACUUGGAGGUUUCGCUGGUGCUGGUGGUGGCGGUAAUGGUUGCUGA